GAAUCAGUCUUCGAUUGGCUUUUCUGAGCUAUAGAACCCUUGCCGUUAUUCCAUUCGACACGGAACUGUUUCCGCCAAUUGUAUCUGCUCAGAGAUCCAGAAUAAUCAAAACAAUACGAUAUCGGAACUUCUUGCCAUCAUAAAUUUGAAUUCAAAUUGGGUACGGAUCAGCGAGAACUCGAGCUACUUAGCACAUCUGAAUACUCAGAGAUGUCUGCAGAAACUACCGCUGACGUAUGGGAUCAUCAAAUAUGAAUAAACAGACAUUGGAUUGGCUCAGAGAGGAACGGAAAUGAAUGACUUUACUGAAUGAGCGUGACCUGUUAUCAAGCAAGAAUAGUUGUGUAGCCCCAGCCCCAUCCUCAGACCCAGAUUCAGAUUCAGACCCAGCUACAUCCACAGACCCCAGACCCAAGAGAUACAGCUACAGAUACAAAAGAUGGAGCCAACGAUUAUUGGCAUUUGGUUAUGCUUAUUAGAUUUUCGUCGUUUUCGCUUUGCCUCUAUGUUUUCCUCAUAUAAAUUUGAAUUCACGCGCUCGCCGGAUUGGCAGUACGGUGGCUAACUUUGAACCUCGCAGACGUCUUUCGUUCGGACUGAGAUCGGUGGCAGAUCUUUUAUCGCUGUUAAAUAUCGAAAUUAAUCAAUUUGAUUGGGGAAAUCCGCUUCAACUCUACCGAAAGUGUAUUUUUUUUAUGCCGAGUGCGAAAAUAUAAAACAAAGGAAAAUAUGCGAUAUUUUAUCAUGGCUCUGUUGUGCCUGGCCCUUCUUUGGGCCGAAUUAGAUGCCAGGCUGGUGCGGAUACGCCGCAUUCGUCGGCUGGUGGGCUCCAGUGAGCGAGAUGCCCAGAUCACGGAUUACCGGGUCUCGCCGCUGGACGAGCAGGGAGUCUUCAAGUACGCCUUCAAGACAAGCAAUGGCAUCGAUGUCCAGGCGGCGGGCACUGCCCUGGAGACCAUUGGCAUCUACAGCUACACCUCGCCCGAGGGCGAGGACAUCGAAACGCGCUACAUAGCCGAUGAGCUGGGCUUCCAUGUGGUGGGCAGACACCUGCCCCAGCCGCCACCCACUCCGGACUACAUCCUGCGAUCCCUCGAAUACAUUCGCACCCACACGGAGGAUGGCAAGCUGAAGCCCAAUGUGUUCUAAAGUUCCUGCCACCCGCAUCCCCAUGCACAUCUACAUGGAAACUUGUGUCCAAGAAGAAGGCUGAUCAUACCAUAGCAUGUAGUAAUCCAAUCCAUAAUAUAAUCCAGCACUAGGCCUAGACUAAGUUGUUGCUAGAUCUUGUAAGCCAUCCAUUCCACUGCGCAAAUGUGUUGUCUGUCGUUCCGCUCGGGGUAUAAAUCAAUUCAUCCAUUGAUUCUUCCGCACUAUCCUAUCCCAUAAUUUAUUAUGUUUACACCCAAAAUGAGCAAACAAAGCCAAGCCCAAAUAUGAUAUUUGUUUGAUGUCCGCAUAGAAUGACCCUAACGAAUUCUGUAUUUUUUUUUUGGGUUUUUGUUAUCUGCAAACAUUUUUUUUUUAUUUAUCUCCGCGUCUGAUUAAUAUUUAUGUCUUUUCUCAGAUAUCGGAAUUUGAAAACUGGAUGGAAUUAGAAUGCGAUUCUAUGUGGAUAGCUUUCGAUAACUUGAUAAUAGGCGGGAUUUUCUUUCCGGGUAACAACCUACUCUUCUCUCUCAACCAGAGGGCCAGAGAAACAUUUGCCAAGUUUUGAAACAAGUUCGGCGGGUUCGAAUAUAAAUACCAUUCACAAAUAACUCUUAAGCGAUCCAAAUAAAUAAUGCAAAUUGAGAAA